AAAACAUAAAAGUUAGUUAAAUUUCCUUUAGAAAAAAAAGUUAAGAGAUGACGACACUUCUUCUUCCUCAACCAAACCGUAUUUUCAAGCCACCACUAGUAGUACCAAACCAACGCCUCGGAAAACCGUACAGAUUACCAGUGAUCUCCGCCGUAUCCGGUCAGCAGCUAGUAGCUUCCGGAGAGGUCCGGGCGGUGGAGCCGAGAGAAGCGAAAACGUUGGUAUCGUCGGAGGGAUACGUGCUGUUAGACGUGAGACCGUCGUGGGAAAGAGAAAAGGCACAUGUGAAAGGAUCCUUACACGUGCCACUGUUCGUGGAGGAUCCAGACAAUGGGCCGAUCACGCUGCUUAAGAAAUGGAUCCAUUUGGGAUACAUUGGGCUUUGGACGGGCCAGAGAUUCACCAUGUUUAAUGACGAGUUUACCCUCCAAGUUGUAGAGGCUUUCCCGGACAAGAAGAGUAAAGUGCUUGUCGCGUGCGGUGAAGGACUCCGGUCGUUGAUGGCAAUAUCAAAGCUGCACAGAGAAGGUUACAAAAGCUUAGGAUGGUUAACCGGAGGGUUUAACCGAGCAACCGAAGGAGAUUUUCCGGAGAUUGAAGGUCCGGAAGAGCUUCGUUUUGCAACUAUAGGUGGCGCAUCAUACUAUUUCCUCAAACUACUUGUAUUGUUGCCGAAUUUUGGCAAAGAAAGCCGUUGAAUUUCACUAAAUAAGAAUGAAAUAUUGUUAUUUUCUCGUAAAAAAUGUGCCCGGUUUUACACAA